UUGAAAGAGAAAUUUUAAUUUAAAAAUGUCGCGUCCUAUGGAAAAAGUUCGUCAACUGGCCGGAAAAUUGUUUACCGAAUCGGAAAUAAGUCGGUUCAAUGCCUUUCGACAUAAUUUUCGUAAUAAGUAUUUCAAAUUGGAUGCAUACAGCUUCAGAAUGCCCUUUAAGAGGCCCACAUUAACCAAGUGGAUGGGUGGACGUUACUUUUCAGCUGGCGAUUGUGAAAAAACCUGCGAAGAGUGCUGUAAAGAGCGGCCGGAUCAUUUGCAGCCCAAUUGUGAUAUCGAUUGGGAUUCAUUAAAGCCACCAGGAGAGCCUUACGAGCCAAGGAACACACACUAUUGGAAUCCGGAUCCGGAAUUUUAUAAGCAAUUUGAGAAUGUUAUCAUGAUGCCACCGGGCAAAGAAUGGGAGCAUCGACCCAUUUCAAAUGGUCGAUUAUUUCCCCCAGUCGAUCGAACAUUUCGCACGAAAUUCAUUAACUUUGGACCGGCACAUCCUGCGGCACAUGGUGUGCUCCGGAUGAUCCUUGAGCUGGACAAUGAGACGGUACUGUCAGCCGAUCCUCAUAUUGGUCUCUUGCAUCGCGGUACCGAGAAACUGAUCGAGUACAAAACUUAUAUCCAGGCAUUGCCAUAUUUUGAUCGACUCGAUUAUGUUUCCUGCAUGGUCUGUGAGCAGGCUUACAGUUUGGCCGUGGAGAAGUUGCUGAAUAUUGAGGUGCCACCACGGGGCAAGUACAUACGAACCAUGUGCUCGGAGCUAAUGCGUCUGACCAAUCAUACAAUGGCCAUAGCCACAUCUGUGCUCGAUUGUGGCGCCAUUACGCCGCUCUUCUGGCUCUUCGAGGAGCGUGAGAAGCUUUAUGAGUUUUCCGAACGCUUGUCGGGAGCACGAUUGCAUGCAGCCUAUAUAAGACCUGGUGGCGUCUCCUUGGACAUGCCACUGGGCUACUCCGAUGACUUGUACAACUUUCUCGUUCAGUUUAAGGAACGCCUCGAGGAGGUCGAAGAUGUUGUCACCGACAAUCGCAUUUGGCGUAUGCGUAACAUUGGCAUUGGCAAAAUCUCGGCUCAUGAUGCACUCAACAUGGGUUGCACGGGUCCUGUUCUGCGUGCCACAGGCAUUAAAUGGGAUCUACGCAAGCAACAACCCUACGAGGCCUACGCAGACAUGGAUUUCGAUGUUGUCAUCGGCUCUCAAGGAGAUUGCUAUGAUCGUUAUUUAGUGCGUUUCGGUGAAAUGCGUCAAUCGAUAAGUAUUAUACAACAGUGUCUCGAUCGCAUGCCUCCAGGUGAGGUCAAGACUGAUGAUCGCAAAAUAAGUCCACCUCGACGUGCCAAAAUGAAAACUGACAUGGAGGAUCUAAUACAUCACUUUAAGCACUUCUCUCAGGGCAUCUUUGUGCCCCCCGGACAGACUUAUACGGCCAUUGAGGGACCCAAGGGUGAAUUUGGCGUCUAUCUGGUGUCGGAUGGUACCAGUCGACCCUAUCGCUGCAAGAUUCGACCCGCUUCGUAUGCCCAUCUCGCUCUCAUGUCCAAACUGGCUCCACAAUUCCUAUUAGCAGACAUUGUGGCUAUCAUUGGAUCUCUCGAUAUUGUAUUCGGUGAGAUCGAUCGUUAGUUAUUUCAAUUGUAAUCAUAACUCUAAUAAAAAAGCAACUGAGAGCCUUUGUGACUCUCAAACCUUCAGAAUGU